AUGAAGACCACCUUCACCUUGAUUGCCUCGGCCUUGGCCGCCACCUCUGUCCGAGCCAACUUGUUCGUCCUCGGAGACUUUGAAAUCCUCGACCCCUUCUCCAGCGGCCUGGACACCCAGCCCGAAGUAUGGUACAGUGAGGGCACGAGCGUCAACCCUUCGAUCGGUCCCACUGCGAUUGGCAGUGCGACCAGCAACGGUGGCAACGGGCAGCUCUGCGCGGGCCAAAGCUGCCCCAUGUCCUUCUCCGUCGGCCAGUGCUCCGGAACGGUCAACGGCCCCUCCGGCAGCGGCUAUGCCAUCAACAUUCAGGGACCGGGCUUCAACACCCCCAACCUGUUCUGCGGCCCAAACACGGGCUAUACCUCGGGCAGCAUCGGUGAUAUUGGACGCAUCCAGAGCUGGUUCUCUUGCGACCUUGGCGACGGCACUUGUUAG